AUGGCUUCCAGCCGCGGUGACGAUAACGCAAUGUCGCCCAACCAUUCCAACAAUGAAGUUUUCGAUGAGACAGAUAGACAAGAAAGGGCCAGUCGUGGUCCCGACAUGGACGAUGAUCUAACUGAAGAGCAAUUUGAAAGCGUCCGCCGGAUGAUGAAUAAGCAGUUCAAAGUUGUGCGACGCACCGUCAAUCAAGCGCUGUCCAACUUCAGCAUCCCAGUUGACCACAUCGAGUGCAUCAUCGAAGAAAUGAGCAUCUCCAAAUACACAUAUCGUCGCAGACUGCGUGAGCUGACAGGCAAAGGCGGAUCGAACCGGGAGAUGCCGCUCUUCAAUCGUGAACUGCUGCUCAAGAGCAACAGGGAGCUAAAAGAGCUAAAAUCAAACAUGAAAGCAAGGGAACUAUUGUUCCUGAGACACUUGACAAGAACUCUGAUGUUACGAUUUGAGCGAUGGGAGAAGGAGUGUGUUCGUCGGUGGGCAAUGCUAAAGAUCGCGCAGUUUCUAGAUGCAGAGGCCGUGAAGCUGUUUGGCGAAGAUUUGAGCGGGAGUCUGUUCGCACAAUGCUUCUGGCCAAGUGUGGACCUGGAUGAUGAAGCCGAAUUGGAGUAUUUGAAGUCAAGAGGUGCAUGGAUGAAGGAUGACGAUACACAAAACGAUGGACGGGAGACUAGCGAGGAUGAUCGCAAGCAACCUUGA